AGUGUUCUGAAAGAAGGUGUAUCGCGUUGUUUUAAAAUGUCGCCGUUCCGCAAAUUAAUUCACUAAAACGCGUUUCUAGCAUUAGAAAAUGUGAUUUUCUGCCAAUUCCAAACGCAUUUAGACUUUUUUUUGUAUUUUCACGGAAACACGCGGCCAGAGAAGUUAGUUAUUUUCAUCAAAUCCCCCUCUCUCUCUCUUUCUCUCUCUCUCCCCAUCACUCUCGUAUCCACACAGAUCAUCAACCUUACUUAUGGCUACCAUGGCCGAUAAUUGUAUUCCAAACGAAAUUAUGUCAUUUCCAAAUUUCGGCAAAACCCUGCAGAGAAAAUGGAUGAGAGCAAAUAAUCCUAGUGAUGUUGUUGUUGAAGAGCCUGAUAGUAAAUUAAAUUUUCGGAUCACUGAGAAAAUCAACGACAGAAGUUUGAAAAUAAAAAUACGUGCGCACGACAAACCACUUCAAAAUGUUGCACUCUCAAUGGACAGUCAUCAGAAAAAUUUCAUCCUCAAAGCAAUAAUUAAUGAGAAAACUGGACAAAAAUUGCAGGGUGUUUGUAAUGGAAAAGAAUGGCAAUUGAAAUGCUCGGAUCAUGGUCCAGGUCGUGUGACAAAUUUCGAUAAUGAUUAUCAAAUUGAAGUUAAUUUCAAAUCAAAUGAUUAUGGGACUUAUCGACAAAAUAUAUUCUUUUCAUUUGGUAAAGAACGUCCAGUGAUAUUGAGAAAAAUUUGUAUUGAUUGCGUACCAAUAGAAGAUCUACAGAGGCUAAAUGAUGCAAGUCAAUAUGUUUUGAAUUUAAAUCAACGAUUAUUAAGUAAGACCCAUAAGAAUUUUGUACCAUUCAGUUCGCCAUUUGUAACUGCCAAGGAUCCACGUGAAGAGUACCUAGAUAGAGCCUAUCCUUAUCCUGAAACGGAUCAUUUCUUUUUAACACAUUCAACUCUCACGGAAAGAACAUUAACACCAAGUAAUUACAAAGGACGACUGCACGAAUUGGUUACCGUUGAGGAAUUAGCAAGACAUGAACAAGUUGCCAGGUACAAUGAAGCUGCACAAUUGAGAUUGUCCAAUAAUUACAUUCUCCAUUCUGACACCGAUGGAUCUAGCCUUGCCAAAUAUGCACCGCCCAGCGAACUUUUUGCACAGCUUCCUUUGGGAAGAGAAUUAACGGAAGAUACAAAAUGCGGUCGUUUGUUUCUACGUGGCUGCAAUAGUAUUGUGAUUAGGCCAGUUGGAGAGAAUCCGCCAAAAUUCACUGAGAACGAUAUGGUAUUUGAGGCACAUGUCGAGGACAAAUGUACUCAUACAAUUUAUGCCCGUUUGUCGAAAGAAUGCGUGGAAAAACUCGGAUUUAAAGCAGACACCGAUCUCAAGGUUCAGGUACAGUUUCUACUGAAUCGUUUGCCAUUCUGUGAAUGGCAUCGAGCAAUAGACUGUCUCCCCGAUACAAAAAUUGUAUUUCCAAGUUCGAGUCACAAAUACGGUGAGGAGCAUUAUAUUUGGAACAAGAGAUGGGACAAAAUGGUGCAGACAUAUGUACUCAAUGAUAAACAGAAAAAAGCCGUAGCUGUGAUAAUGGCACCGAAGGAUGACAUUUUACCUCCAAUUCUUUUAUUAGGACCAUUUGGCACUGGAAAAACAUCAACAAUUGCUGAAACAUUGAGAAUUCUCCUUCUCGAUGAUCCGACAAGUAAAAUAAUUCUCUGUACCCAAAGUAACAGUGCCGCUGAUUUGUACGUCAAGGAUUUCUUUCAUAAUUGGUACACUCAGUCUCAGAAUCCACGAUUGAAGCCCGUUAGGAUUUAUUACAAGGGUCGAGGAAGAAAUACGGUACAUGCAGUGGUGCGUGAUUACACUUUGACUGAUCAAAGUGGUCGAUUCCGUGAACCGACAAAAGAGGACAUUGCUGAAUGUGGUUUGAUCAUUACAACCCUUGCAACAUCGAGUUGUUUGACACCCCUUGAUUUGGAACCGUCCCACAUCGUCAUCGAUGAAGCGGCACAGGCUCUUGAAUGUGAAGCCUUAACAGCACUGGCUUUGGCAAACGAGAGAACGCGCAUUGUACUUGCCGGUGAUCAAAUGCAAUUGGCACCCGAGGUUUACAGUGAUCUUGCUAGAGAGCGUGGACUUGGUACCAGUCUUCUCGAGAGACUUCAUUUAACCUACAAACCCAAUCAUCCUUGCAGAAUUCAACUUUGUAAAAAUUAUCGUGCUCAUGCCGAUAUUGUUAAAUUGACAUCGCAACUUUUUUACGGAGGGCAAGUCGAGGCUGGAGCUGUUCUGCAUAAACAUCCGUUGCAAACUCCACUCAUGUUCUAUGCAGUCGAGGGCCAGGAAGUUAAGGGGAACAAUUCCACCGGCUUUUUCAACAACGAAGAGGUAGCAGAAUUGGUGGCGCGCGUUGACGAUCUAAAGCGCAAUUGGCCGAAGCAAAGAUGGGGACCCUAUGGCGAAGGAUCAAUUGGAGUGUUGGCCCAUUACAUGGAACAGGUGUACAGAAUACGAAAUGAACUUCGAAAGCACCGGCUCCAGGAGGUGAAUGUCGAGCGUGUACUCAAUGUUCAAGGGAAGCAGUUCACGGCAGUUUUCAUAAGCACCGUUCGCACACGUCAUUGCAGUCGGCAUACGGCGGAAGUGAAUAUAACUGACUAUGGAUUUCUGACAAAUCCACGACUCCUCAAUACAGCGGUGACACGUGCCAAAUGUCUUGUGGCAAUUGUCGGCGAUCCAGUCGCACUAUUAACAGUCGGAUGCUGUCGCAAUUUGUGGCAACAAUUCUUCAAAUCGGCCACCAUACACGGCGUCGAUGAGGACAGACUCAAUCAUCAUUUAAUUUCAAUUUCCCAAGUUAAGGAGGAGAAGGCAUUGAAUCCAUUGGCCGAGGAAUUUGUACCAAGGAAUCCACCGCAACCAUUAUUUGUCGAAUAUGUUACAAUGCCAGUGAGUUAUCCGGUAAUACAAUGUGCGGUCGAUUGGUCCGAGAGAAGAACUCUCACAUAAAAUUAUACAGCUUCCUGAAUUAUUGUAAUGUAAAUCUUUUCAUAAUUUAGUUGUAUGUAUUUUCACUUUUUUGUCAAUCAGCGAAAAUAAUGUCUUAAUUGAUUAAUUUUUUCAUAAAUUAUUGUGAUGACAUUUUUUCCAAAUAAUCUUUUUUCUAUUUAAUCGCGCACGAUGUUUUUGUUUUCUUUUUUUUAUAGAAUUUUUUUCCUCAGCAGAUUGUAAAUGCUAGAUUUUUUUUUUAAUUUUAAACAAAAUGCUUGAACGUGAAACGAAGUAUUUAGAAAUUUAGUGCAAGAAGAGUGAUUUAUAUUUCUAUUUGUAGUAAAAUAAAAGAAAAGAAAAAAAGAAAAGAAAACAUUUAGAAAAUUUUCAAAUGGAAAAAAAUUGAAAUGAAGUACGUAUGAUGAUAUCAUAUUGUGUUAUAUGUGUAAAUACAUCGAAAUACAUUGUACAUGCCACAUUAGGAGAGUGAAAA